CCCAAAAACCCUAAUCCUCUCUCUCUCUUACUCUCUCUCUCUCUCUAGAAUUUGUUCUGGGUAUGGAGAUGGAGAGCUUCUGCUCCAAUGGGCUUGUUCCGAAUGAGCUGCUCUGCUCUCUUGGGCAUGUUCUGCUGGCUGAGGCUGCCAAGUCUAUUGCUUUCUCUUGCGUGCUGAUGGGAUCUCUACCUAACAUGCCCUAUGUUUUGCCCAAAGAACCUGACACAGUCACAGGGUUCCCUAUCACUGAUCUCUACGCUCUGAUGAAACCUGGUUCUGAGAACACAGAUGCAAGCGAAACUGACGAUGACGAAGACGGUGAUGAGGAUGGAGGUGAUGACCAGGAUGAGGAAGCAGGAGAUGAGGAGGACGCCUCUGGGGACGAAGUUGAGGGCAAAGGAGAUCCAGAAGAUGUGCCUGCGGCCAAUGGUGAUGGUGAUGGUGCCGGUGAAGAGGAAGAUGAUGAUGAUGAGGAGGAGAAAGACGAUGACGAGGACGACGACGAUGACGAUGACGAUGACGGUGACGACGAUGGGGAUGAAGAGACAGAAGAUGAUGAGGAAGAUGAGGAAGAUGAGGAGGAUGAGGAUGACAUACCCCAGCCACCUGCCAAGAGGAGAAAAUGAAAUGGUCUGUACUAUCUGUUUUAUUUUUCAGCCGUUUUCCUUGUUGAGAAUUUCAGUUAGUAGGAGUGAGUAUUUAGGUGGUCUGUCCACAUAUGUUAGAAAUAUUCAGAGUUCUUGUGAACAAGCUGACAAUUUUCGUAAAUCUACACCUUUUAAUAAUUAUUUGUGUCACUCUCUG